AUUUGAAAGUUUGAAAGUUGCGCGGUAAAUUAUGGAUGAUGAUAGCGACUUCUCGUAUAAUCUCAGCUGGGCAUGGACACCAUCGCCAGCUUCAAGCUCUCACGAAGAAGUGGUGGUUGAGGAGGACGUCCAAGAUGAAUCACCUGAGCUGUAUGCCAUUAGAAAAAGAUACCCACUGUUUGUAGAAUCUGAAUCAUCAGAAGAAUCUGAUGACUCGUUUUUUAACGAGAAGUGGCCAAAUGAUAAGAAUGAGGUGUCUGUUACCGAAUGCAGUAGUAACGUCGAAAUGGGAGGCAUUUCUUGUUUGGGACAGACUUCUCUGUUGGAUGUGGAGAAUGAUGAAAUAGUGAGCAAUAUAGAAAGAGAUAAUGAGAGAGAUCAUCAGAGACAAUCACCUUGCAGUCCUGUUGAUGUAUCACAGCACAUCAGACAACCACUGUUUAUCAGCAGUGGGCAUGAAGAUUCUGGAAAAUCAAAUUACAAGGAAGAGGUGAUUGUGAUAAGUGAUGAAGAAGAAGCAGAAACCGAGAAUUUCAAAUGUGCAAGGCUUGUUACUUUGUCAGAUGAUGAAGGUGAAGCAAGCAUUGACAACCAACAAACACAAGGCAAGUCUUUGACUGAAAGCAACAGGAGGGCGGAUGUGGAGUCCUUAGAUUUUUUGGUUGAUUUGGAGAAUGACGAGGCAGCGAGUGACUACACAGAAAUUGACAGCAGUGGUAGUCAGAGAAUACCUUUACCGUCUUUCUGCAUAAACAAGAUCUCUCCGAAUUCUCACGUUGAUGAAAGCAUUAUUGAUUUAAUUUCUCUGACUGAUAGUUUGUCUAUCAGAACAGAAUCAGGAAUUAAUGAUGAUUCACAGUUUGGAGAAGAAUGCGCUAUCAAACCCUUUUUAGUGCAGACUCCGGAAACUGAACUCUCAUGUGAAAUAUUUUCUGACACUCAAAUUCAGAAACAAUCAUCUUGCAGCCCUGUCUUGCAACACAAGCAACCACUCUUUGUUUGUUCUGACCAAGAAGAUUCUGACAGUUCUCCUACAAACAUUUAUCCGACUCGACAAGGGCCUCGUCCUCACAUUAUUAUGAGUGAUGAAGAAGACGAAAAUGAAGAUUUUUCAUGUGUAGGACUUGCUCUUGAUUCAGAUGAUGAAGAUUUACCUGUUGCUGAGUCGGCUUCCAGUCCUCCACUUUGUCAGAUUCAAUUUCCUGGGUUGAGAACUCCCAGUCAUUUGUCAUUUAAAACUCCUAUCUCAGCUCUUCAAUCUGAAUCAUGUCGAAAAUACACUCAGCACAGAGAUGAUUUGACUCGAGAUCUUCAACUUACCUUCAAUAAAACAGUGUUUAAUAACCAGCUUCCAGAUUUUGAAAUUACAUGGAAUAAAAGAUUGACAAACACAGCAGGGAAAACGAUUUCUUUGAGAGCAAGUGAUGGACGUCGCAUGGCAAAAAUUGAGCUUUCAUGUAAAGUUUGUGAUAGAUAUGAUCGUUUGAGAGAUACUCUGAUUCACGAAAUGUGCCACGCUGCAACUUGGCUAAUUGAUGGAAAUAGACGUGAUCAACACGGCCCAUGCUGGCAAUCAUGGACAGACAAAGCCAUGAGGGCACAUCCUGAGUUGCCUAAAAUAAGAAGAUGCCACAGCUACCAGAUCCACAAGAAGUUUAUUUACAAGUGCUGUAAUUGCGUUUACACAAUCGGACGGCAUUCAAAAUCAAUCAAGAUAAGUACAGCAAAGUGUCCCUAUUGCGGAAGUUCAAUAGAGCUGAUGCCCAACUUGCGACAAGAUGGCACUCCAGCACCACCCCGCACAGCAAACAAAUGGAUCCAGUUCGUGAAUGAGCAUAAAGACCAAGUGCGCGCAGACAAUCCGGGCAUGAGCCAAACUGCGGUACUCCAACAUCUGAGCGCUCAAUACAGAGCACUCAAAGAACUUAAUUAAUUAAAAUCAUUUCUAUUGUGCACAUGGUUUUAUUAGGACAUUUUGCAAUUUAUGUCACCUUAGCUUUUUCUAAAUUUGUUGGCCUUACUUAGCUAAUAAAUUCGUGAAUAGUAAUAGCUAAUUAGCCUUCAA